CGCUCGGGAGGGAGAGAAAGGAGGACUGGAGUUCGAAGCCAGCCAGGUCUACAGGGCGAGUUCCCCACCGCCAGAGCUACAGAGAGAAACUCUCCGGAAAAUCCAAAUCAAAACCAAGAACGAAGUAUCCAUAGCUGUCUUUCAUGGCAUUCAGAAAUGAAUAAACCGAAAAGCAACCCAGGAGAGCGAGCUCCCCAACAGCGACGUCCACUAACCUCACUCUAUAGUUAAAACAGUUGGAAUGUAUAAACCUCUUCAGCGUAGUAGUACCGGAAACGCAACUGAGCCAGGUGCAUCCGCUGAGGCAUUCUGGGAGUUGUAGUUCUGGUGCCACCGGCGGCCGAGGUCGCUUCCGCUCCCGGGAGGCGAGGCUCCCAGCUGAGCAAAAGGUGAGCUUGCUUGCCAGAGCCCUGCCUUGUCUCAAAGAGAAGAAGAGAACCAUGACGAAGUUACAGGAGACAGUGACGUUCAGGGACGUGGCCGUGUUCUUCAGUGAGGAGGAGCUGGAGCUGCUGGAUGCUGCCCAGAGGAAGCUGUACCAUGACGUGAUGCUGGAGAACUUCAGGAACCUUCUGUCAGUGGGAGGGCAGACUCCAAACAAGGCGGAGACUCUUCAUGCAACAGAAUUAAGUUGCCUUUCAGUGGAGCAGCCUCCAUACCUGCAAAUGACAAGCCAUGAUUUCAGAAAACUUGCCAGAACUCCAGAAACUAUGAUAAACACUCAAGGAAAGGGUUCUCACUUCCUGGAACAAUGCCACUCCUCCUGCCAUGGGGGAGCAGAAGAGCCUCUCAGGACCUCUGAGGACAAAGGUUGUUUCGAGAUUCUCAUAAGAGACCUUUCCAGCAAUAUUGAAAACCAUGAAUUUCUGUUCUGGAGAGCUCAGAGUUUUUGGAAUAAAACACAUCUCAUCCAGAGACAGAACCAUCAGAAACACUGUCCACAGACUCUGGUGAAUAAAAAGCCAUGGCUGUUGGAUUCAGGUGUUGACAUUCUGAGUUGCAUUUCCCAACAUGAUAACAUUAUAUUGCAUAAAAGAAACAGAGUCCACAGCAGUGGUGACUGUGGUAAAGUCAUUUUUACCAUGUCACCUGUCAUACAGCAUUGUAGUUACACAGAAUGCAGGAGCAACCAGGGCAGCAAGGGCCAGGAAGCCGUCACUGACAGCUCCAGGCUGGAACUCCAUCAGCAGGUCCCCUUAGGCAAGGAGUCCCCUGAACCUAGGACACAGGAGGACACCAGGCAUAGCUCCAGUGUCCCCAUUCAACAAAGUGCUCAUCCAGGAAAAAAGCGCUACUGGUGUCACGAGUGUGGCAAGGGUUUCAGUCAGAGCUCAAAUCUUCAGACUCACCAGAGAGUACACACAGGAGAGAAGCCCUAUACCUGCCCACAGUGCGGGAAAAGCUUUAAUCAGAGCUCACACCUGUAUGCUCACCUGCCCAUCCACACAGGAGAGAAACCCUACCGUUGUGACAGCUGUGGGAAAGGCUUCAGCCGCAGCACAGAUCUCAACAUUCACUGCCGAGUUCACACUGGAGAAAAACCUUACAAGUGUGAGGUGUGUGGGAAGGGCUUCACACAGCGGUCACAUCUCCAGGCCCAUGAGAGAAUCCACACAGGAGAGAAGCCAUAUAUGUGUGGAGACUGUGGCAAACGUUUCAGCUGUAGCUCGAACCUUCACACCCACCAGAGAGUCCACACUGAGGAGAAACCUUACAGGUGUGAUGAGUGUGGAAAGCGCUUUAGCUUGAGCUUCAAUCUUCAAAGCCAUCAGCGUGUCCACACAGGAGAGAAGCCAUAUAAAUGUGAAGAGUGUGGGAAGGGCUUCAGUUCAGCCUCAAGCUUCCAAAGUCACCAGCGGGUCCAUACAGGAGAGAAGCCAUUUUGCUGCAAUGUAUGUGGAAAGGGCUUCAGUCAGAGCUCAUAUUUUCAAGCUCACCAGAGAGUUCACACUGGGGAAAAACCCUACAGAUGUAAUAUGUGUGGGAAGCGCUUUAACUGGAGCUUGAACCUUCACAACCAUCAGAGAGUCCACACAGGAGAGAAACCCUAUAAGUGUGAGGUGUGUGGGAAAAGUUUCAGUCAAGCCUCAAAUCUUCAGGCCCAUCAGAGCAUCCACACCGGCGAGAAGCCAUUCAAGUGCAAUGUGUGCCAGAAACGGUUCAGUCAGGCCUCGCACCUCCAGGCCCACCAGAGGGUACACACGGGGGAGAAGCCCUUCAAAUGUGACACAUGUGGGAAAGCCUUCAGCCAGAGGUCCAAUCUCCAAGUCCAUCAGAUAAUUCACACUGGGGAGAAGCCCUUCAAGUGUGAGGAGUGUGGGAAGGAAUUCAGCUGGAGUGCGGGGCUUAGUGCUCACCAGAGGGUCCACACAGGAGAGAAACCCUACACAUGUCAGCAGUGUGGGAAAGGCUUUAGUCAGGCCUCACACUUCCACACGCACCAGAGGGUCCACACUGGGGAGAGACCCUACAUCUGCAGCAUCUGCUCUAAGGGCUUUAGUCAGAGAUCACAUCUUGUCUACCACCAGAGGGUCCACACUGCAGGGAAUCUCUAAGUUCAUUCUGCCAUCAAGUGGGCUUUAUCCUUCUCAUUGUUAAAAGUUCCCCCAAAGCCCAGAGGAUUUGGGAGACUUCCUGGGGAGAUGUGCUUCUGUUGGGAAGAUCUUUUUGAUUUUUCAAGACAGAGUUUCUCUGUGUGGGCAAGGCUGGCCUCAAACUCACAGAGAUACAACUGCCUCUGCCUCCCAAAAUGCUGGGAUUAAUGAUGUGCACCACCACAGCCUGGCUCAGAGAUCAAUUCUUUACAAAUGCCAGAAAUAAAAAAUGAGAGGAAAAUUGUUCUAUAAAUACAUGGUCACCAUGUACAAGAGAUGCAAGGCUGCCAUUUUGGGGAUAUGACAUGGCAGGGAGAUCUCAGCAUCCAUCCAGGUCUAUGUAGAGAGGCCAUGGGAAGGGCUUUAACCAAAGUAGGUGAUUGGCAGAACUGGUGUUGACUGAAGUGUCACUUCCUCAUAGGAAGCAACCCUCUGUAUCUGCUGUGCAGAGCUGCUUGUGGCUCAGGGCCCAGCCAUUCCUGGACCAAGUGCAUAAGGGUCCUAUAAGUAAGAUUCAUAUUUGAAAACGCUUAACAGUCCCCAAACCUGCAUUCAUAUUGAUUCGUCUUCCUCCGUAAUCCUGCAAAGGCCUUCAUUCCUCACUUCCUUGAGGCACAAGGCUUCUGCCCAACUAGCCUGGAACUUUGCAUAGCGUAGUAACUCUGUACUGAAUAAUUUUUAGUAUUUGUGCUUGAUAGACUAAUCCUGUGUUUAUCAGCCUAGUAUGGUGAACUGGAACAUAUGGGAUUGGAAUUCUGGACCCUGAUGUCAUUGGGGACAGAUUUUUUUUUUGUAACCAAUACUACAAAUGUUUUUACAAAGUAUUUCCUGGUGGCAAAAAGGCUCCUAGUAAACUUGA